UAGAUGGGGAUGAAAAAUCACUGCAGCAUGCUGAGGAUGGAUUGCAGUCAGGGAGGAGAGCUUCUAGCUCCGCUCUCCUACUAGUUUCUCUGCAUUUCUCCUGCUCUGCUCAUUGGGAUCUGCGCUGUAGUUCUGAUUAGUGGCAUUAUUUUUCCCUGUCAUAGGAUAGUUUGCUGGAAUGAAAGAUGUGCUUAUUCCGCGGCUGGGAGGAAUCCCACCCUGCCUCUGCCCUGGGGAGCAGAACUGCCUGUGAAACUGCUGCGCUCUGAAUUAUUCUGGGCUACUAGGGCGCACGGCGCUCACUAAAGCGCAAGGGAUCCACUCCGCUCUCUGUCGCAAAAUGCUGCCGAACUCGGGCCAGGUUGAACCAUGGGAGAUUUAAUCAAUACCAGGGGAGGAAUCGGACCUGGGAGGUUACUCAGAACCUCCCCCUUUAUUGCCAACUUUCCCCUGAGAAAAGGGAAGGAGCCGGGAACCUGACCUCGGUGGAGAAAGAACAUGUGAGCAGUAGAUCUCCAGGCACCAGAACAUCUGCAUGGUUACCACGGGUGUGAACAGCGCUAGAGGAGUUAUGCAGAUCAGGGGGACAUUGCUACCUGGUUCUUUUCCUCUCCUGCUUCAUUGUCUCACUCUGCCCUUGCUUGGACUCAUUCAGAUUGCUCAGUCAGAACUCCAGAGAACAUGUUCCAGAUCCACAGCAGAGAGCCUUUCCAGUGGGUGCCAAAAGUCAUGUCUCUGCAGACCCCCACCGUUGCUCCCACCUCCUCCGCCACCACCCCCGCCUCCAAGACUUCACCCACCCAAUAAUGGUCCUCCAUGCAUUCAGGAAAAAACCUGGUGGCAUUUUCUGGUAAUUAUUGUUGCUGCAGUUCUUCUCUUUGUAGCUGUUAUCAUGUGCUACAAAGCAAUAAAAAGGAAACCAAUGCGCAAAGAGGAGAAUGGAACUAGCCGGGCAGAAUAUGCAAUGUCACUGGAAACUGCCUAGAGCCAGGAUCCCAGCUGUGGUUAUAAUCAUCUUUGUGUAACCUCCAAAUUAUGGGAGGCACUGAACGCAUGUGUCCCUUUUUCAUUGCUUUAUUUUUGAUGGAUAAGUACUUGCAGAAGUCACAGAGAGAAGGACUUUAUUUGGACUCAUAUGCUCUUGUUACAAAGGUUGAGUGUGAGGUGUGGAGUCGCAUUGUUUGUCAUACAGAGGACAGAAAUGUACUUCAGAGCAUCCAUAACAGAGGAAGGUACAUUCAUUGCAUGUAUCUGGUUGAAAGCCCAGGUACUUCUGUUACUGACUGACCACAGAAAGGAUUGUAUGGCUGUGAAGUAUUGAGGGAGACUUACAGUCAUUUGGUCUCCAGUGGAGAAUGUAGACUAUGUCACCUGCAUGUGCAGUGUUUUCCUAUCAUGGACUGAACCAUUGUAUUAUGGACACUCGGGGAUUGUACCAUAAUUCUGAGACACCCCCAAGUGAAUGCAUGCACUUAAUAAAUCAACCCAGGACACACAGCUGCGGUAUCACGUCUAUGCAAUACCAAUGGCUGAAGAUGGUUCCAAGAAGCAACGUAGUUAACAAGAUUUAUAACUGCUUGUUGGUUUAAGGCAUUAGUUGCUGGUUUGGAUCACAGUGUCCCACUAAACACUAUAUUUGGAGACAUUCUUGCCAACUGAUGGGUUAGGAAGGUCUCAUGGUGCUUUGAACAGUAAUUUAAUGUUUAGUUUCUUAUUAUGAAUAUGUAUUAUUUCUUUAGCCUAACCAACAGAUGUUUACUUUUGCUCUUUCCCAUAUUAGACUUGAAAAAAAGAACAAAUGCUAUAUCCCUACCAAAUGGUAUUUUGUUGAGUUAUCCCUAUCAGUGGGCAUUUGUAUUCACUGAUCAAGACAGAGGAUGGCAGAUUUAUCACUUAUACAAAUGAUUAGAAGUAUUAGCAAUGGCAGCCUGAACUGCGGAUUUGCCUGGGUUGACACAAUUGUCACAAUAAGAGCAACUGUAUAGUCUCUUGUGAAGUACAUACUCAUUGAAGCUUCUGGCUGCUGCAGAAUCCAUUGGCAAACACUAUAGGCAAUUAGCACUUGUCAUUAAUUUAACAGGGUGCAACCCUGAAGCUAAAAACCUUGUAUAGUCACUUUCAUAGAGGCUGAUUUUCUUUACAAAUCUUUAAAACGCAUAAGAAUAAUUUGCCCUCCUUAUCCACCAUUUGCAUCCAGUCUGUGAGCUGUGCCUGGUGCCAUUGUACACAAAGGGUAAACCCGUGGUUGAAUUGGUCUACCACAAUACCAGAGGAUCUCCAUGUAGGCCCAGGACCCAGAGGGCCCCAGUCUUGGAAAUUUUCCCUUUAAGUCCUUUCUGAUUUCCAUUAUAACUCUAUAUAACCUCUAUUUGCCACUGUCUCUGUCUGAGAGUGGGCCCUGGCACCCAGACAAUCAAUUAUCUUAAAUUGCACACAGAUAAACUGAGUAUAUGAAUGGCAGCAUGUAAAUUGCUUAACAGAAUAGAAGUCUCUUGGCACUUUUUGGCUCAUCAUAAAACAACAUAUAAAUGUAUUUUGAUAAUGUCUGUCUUAGCUAUUACAUUUUUAUAGAAAAUGCUAACUCACUUAGAGGCCAGAGCAAUGACAGCUCAUGAUUAGCAAUGUUAAAACAUUUAUAAUCUUCAAAACUCAUUUCGAUAGUACUCUAUAACAGGUAAGUCAAGCUCAAGAUAGAUGCUCUAGUGUUGACUUCUGUUAACUAAGGAUGCUGGGAACUGAAACUGAGAAGUGCUGUAGGGUCCAUGUUUCAGUUCUGCCCUGGCAUUAAUCCUGCAUUACUUGCUGAUUUACAGUAGUCACUUUUACCUUCUAUGUGGCAAGUAUGAUCAGCUUCUGUCAAGUCAAAUCCUCACCAGUGGACACUGAUUAAAACAUUUCCAGCAAUGCUUACAUAGAUGGAGAUGGACAGAAAGUUUGACAUGUUUUUUUAAAUUAAUAUGCUUAUUACUUUCAAACAUUCUCUGACUUUCUUAUUUAACCUGCCAUCAGAAUAUUUUUCGACUUUAUCGUAUUUUGCACAACUUUUUCGUCGCCGUCGCGAUUUUUUUAGUAUUGAGCGAUAGUAAACA